AUGCUGGGGUCGGUUGCCGCGGGCUCGGCAGCAGCAAACACGCUUACAAACUACCAUGACAGGGACAUCGACGCUGUUAUGGAGCGCACAAAGAAGCGUCCCAUUCCCUCUGGCAGGAUUACCCCGGAGAACGCACGCAACUUUGGUAUCGUUCUGGCAGGAAUCUCCCUUGUACUGGCAGCGGCCAUCGCCCUUGAGACAACGCCGGAGCAGGGAGCCUGGGCUGCCAUAUUCAUUGCCUUUGGACUUGGAAAUAACGUGCUGGUGUACUCGUACGCGCUAAAGCGGAACAGCUGGUCAAACAUCAUCUUGGGCGGACUGUGCGGGGCUCUCCGCCGAUGA